AUGAACUCAACGGCGAACGGAUCCAGCCAGUCUUCGAGCUGCUUCACUCAGUUAAAUUCCACAGCGUGGAAAAUCGGAGGAACCGUUGCCUACUGUCUGUUCAUUAUCGUUUCACUGGCCGCAAAUUCUCUCAUUGUUAUGAUCGUUUAUAAAACGCCUAACUUAAGAAAACCGAUAAAUUACUUCAUAGCAAACAUGGCCUCAUCUGAUUUGCUGUUUCCAAUAUUCUGGAUACCUUUGAAACUGUCAAAGUUGAAUGCCACCACGUUUGUUAUCGAUGGUCAGCUUGGCCAAGCCUUUUGUAAGCUUGUCUUCUUCUUUGCAAAAGUUUCCUUUGCCGUUUCGAUUCAGAAUCUGAUUCUGAUAGCAAUGGAUCGAUUUGGAGCCGUGGUGUUUCCACUCCGUUCACCACUCAUCAGAUCCAAGCUGUGUCCUUGCUUCAUUCUCGCCACGUGUAUAGUUGCCGUAGCUUUCAAUUCGCCAUACUUGUUCACUUUCAAGCUCGUUGAACACCCAGAGGGAGCCUGGUGUGUUCAGAAAUGGAAAAAAGCAUUCACACAGUCCUCAUCCUUUGUCAGUUACCAACUAGCUUACCACAUUCUGUUUAAAUUCAUACCUGUGCUGUUGCUAGUCAUUCUUUACUCCAUCAUUGUUAUCAAGCUCAAGAAACAGGUACACCCAGGUGAACAGUCUGCCAACAGUCAGCAACAGCGGAACAGAAGAAACAGAAACGUGCUUCAAAUGUCCAUUGCUAUCGUAACAGUGUUUGUGUUUUGCUGGUUACCAUUCUCUAUCAACUUUUUAAUCGUAUGGUAUCAGGACAAUUUCACGCAUUUUUCGUGUAGUUUCUGGAUAUACUGUGAAGUCUCCAUUUAUAUGGCUAACGCGUACUGUGCUAUCAACCCAGUUAUCUGUUUCAUGUUUAGCAGUAAUUACAGAAAAGCUCUUAAAAGACUCAUAAAAUGUUUUUUUGUACAGGCGUAG